AUGUUCCUGGUUUUACAUCACUUCACAAUUACAUGGCUGCUGCUUCAAAUCAUCACUUACUGCAAAGGAACUAUUCCUUCAGCUUUGUUUCCUUCAGUUUCUAAGAAUAUCAAUGAAAGUACUUUUCCAGUGGCUAUGAAAAUUAAAUCUACGUCAGAUUUAAUCCUUGUCAAAUGUCCAGACAAAUAUUACAAGCAUUCAAAUAUUAAAGAUUCUUUUAACAUGGAUGGUUUGUUAGAAUUUUCAAAAUUAACUUUUCGUACUAAUAGCAAAAUUUUUGCUUGGACACCUUCUGUAUACAAUAAUAUAAAUAGAGAUAAUAUAGUAACUUGUGGAAUAGCUGGUAUAAUAAAUUUUAACAAUAAAUCAAUAAAUUAUGAUUGGAAGAUGAAAUACAAUUGGCAGUCUAAACCAAAAUCAUUUGAAAUAGCAAAGAGAGAGAAAAUAUCAAAGACACUUCCUCCAUCCAAUAAUUGUAGUGAUAAUCCAGCUAAACUUGUCAAAUUCACCAAAGAUAAAGAAGGAAAUAUGAAACGUAUUAAUAUAAAUAAUGGUGAAUUGAAGGAAGCAGAAGAAUUACCUCAUGCCAAUAAAUUAUAUUACUAUUUUGAUGUUCCUGAUGAUAAUUCUAUUCUGGAAUAUGUGCCUCCGUGUCAAAUUGUUAGAGCAGUUAAUGAUAAACCAGAAAUAAAAAUUAAUGGUCAAGAACAUCCAGAAUCUCCAAAGAACAACAAAAUUUAUGUUGUUAAACGAGAAAGUAUGACAGAAGUNUCAAAUGCGGCAACUAAUGAUGUAUUUGUAAGACCGGACAUGUAUAAAAUUGUUGAAGAAAAUGAAGAAUUUGAUAUAAACUAUAUUAAAGGAGAUACAUGUAAUGUUCCUGUUCUUUUUAAAUGUUCAAGAACAAAAUUAGGUAUCCAGAGCAGCGAAGAAAAUUAUUCAAAUAUUCAAGUAAUUGAAGAUAAUUGUGUUGGGUCAACUAAAUGCAUGGUUGCAUAUGAUGGAAAGGCAUAUAUGAAAGAAAUUCUUCUGUCGGAUAUUAUUGACAAUAUGAAGCUGGAGCAUGGUAGAAGAAAGCAUGUUUACAAUGCACUUUCCAUUUGCUAUGCAUUUAUGGAUUUAUCAACAAAAUUUCAGUCGCCAAAAUUUGCUACUGAAUUUGAUUUAGCAAUUCACAAUUGGCCUGAUAUUUUGAAGAUAGCUCAAACUCAAUUUGCCGGUAAUGACACACAAAUUGGAGAAGAAUUAGUUGUUCCAUUUACAUGGAAUUAUCUUACAAUAUCUGCAAAAGGAUCAUACACGGAUUUUCAAAUAAGUUUUGGUGGCUCUUCUAUCUGGAUCAGCAUAAUUUUUGGAAAGAAAACAUGUUGGCUUAUACCACCAACUGAUUAUAAUCUUAAUGCUUAUGAAUUUUAUUUAAAAGAUUCAUCUGCAUCAAAAUUAUUUUUUGGUUUUGUUGCUGAAAAUUGCUGCAGAAUCACUUUAACUGCUGGACAAUCCUUCUAUCUUCCAGCAGGUUAG